ACGUCUGUUGGUCUGGCCUGACUCAAGGCAUCCAAAGGAGGAUGUCUGUCAUCCUGGCUUGACUGAAUCCCGAGCCACUCGCCCCAGACAUCCUAUAGAACCUUACCAUUCAUGCAGAGGGGGGAAGAAACACGGGACUAACCACCAGAGCAGAAUGGACAAGAGCAGGGUGAGAAGGGGCAAGCAACAUGACCAGAGACCCUUUUCAGAAGACAAUUAGCAAAAUCCAGAGAGGACCAGGGGCAGCCCCAGGCUCCUGUGGCUUUCUGGUUCCAAGGGAAGUGGGUCCUACAACUGCUGUUGGCAAGUGUCAGAUGGAAUAAAAGGAGCAGGUGACUGGCUGCAAUGAACAGCCCAGACUCAAUGACAAGCUUGACCUGAUCAGAACCUGCUGCUCUAGGCAAGUGGCUGCGACAUGCUCCUGAGGAAGAGACCCAGGAACGGACGCUGCAGACUUCAGUUCCUCCUGCUCUUGCUGACACUCGGAUGUGUCCUGAUGAUGGUGACCAUGCUGUAUCCUCCCCCGCCCACGCUGCACCAGGCUGUCACUACCCAAGCCAGCAAACACAGUUCUGACCCUGGGUAUCGCCUGGACUAUGGGGACUCCCAAGAAUGGGUUCUGGAGGCUGAAGACGAGAGUGAGGAGUACAGCUUCUUGGACGGCCUUCUGCCCUUCAUCUCCCUGCAGGAGGAUCAAUUGCUGGUGGUUGUGGCUAAGAGGAAUCAGAGCCAGCACCCGAGACGGGGCAGCUACCAGUUCAUCAAACACCCGAGCAGGAGGCGGGAUGAGGAGGCCCCUGAGAGGGAUUGGAGGACUGAGGAGGAUGGGGAGGACUCAGAGGAGUCGCUGACCCCACUCAGCCUGCACACAGACCUCAACAAAGCACUCAGUGACUACCUGUCCCCGAGGAGAGUCCUGCCUGAGGUGCGGCACCCGCUGUGUCUACAGCAGCACCCUGCAAGCAGCCUGCCUACAGCCAGCAUCAUUCUCUGCUUCCAUGAUGAAGCCUGGCCCUUGCUCUUGAGAACCGUACACAGCAUCCUGGACACAGCACCCAAGGCCUUGCUGCAGGAGAUCAUCAUUGUAGAUGACCUCAGCCAACAAGAACAACUGAAGUCUGCUCUCAGUGACUAUGUGGUCAGGCUGGAGGCUGUGAAGUUGCUCAGGAGCAACAAGAGGCUUGGCACUAUCGGAGCCCGGAUGCUGGGGGCCACCAUGGCCACAGGGGAUGUGCUGGUCUUCAUGGAUGCCCACUGUGAGUGCCACCCUGGAUGGCUGGAGCCUCUCCUCAGCAGAAUAGCUGAUGACAGGAGCCGAGUAGUGUCUCCAGUCAUAGACGUGAUUGAUUGGAAGACGUUGCAGUACUCUGCAGUCAAGCAGCUGCAACGAGGGGUGCUGGACUGGAAGCUGGAUUUCCGAUGGGAGCCCCUGGGGGAACAGGAGCAGGAGGCCCUCCCAUCCCCCAUCAGCCCUAUCAGGAGCCCUGUGGUAUCUGGAGAGGUGGUGGCCAUGGACAGACACUACUUCCAAAACUCUGGAGCUUAUGAUCCUCUCAUGUCACCUCAUGGUGGGGAAAAUCUUGAGAUGUCCUUCAAGGUCGCAAAGCCAGACUGCACUGAACGCCGGAAGCUGCAAAGGAGGUUGGGUUGUCGGACAUUCCACUGGUUUCUGGCCAAUGUCUACCCUGAGCUGUAUCCAUCUGAGCACAGACCCAGGUUCUCUGGAAAGCUCCACAACACUGGACUCGGCUUCUGUGCAGACUGCCAAGCAGAAAGCGACAUCCCGGGCUGCCCUAUGACUUUAGCCCCUUGCAGUAACAACCGGCAACAACAGAACCUGGAGCACACCAGCAGGAAGGAGAUUCUCUUCGGCAGCCCACAGCAGCUGUGCUUCGAUGUCAGACAAGAACAGGUGAUUCUGCAGAACUGCGUGGAGGAAGGCCCUGCCAUUCAUCAACAGCAUUGGGACUUUCAGGAGGAUGGAACGAUCAUUCACAUCCUUUCUGGGAGAUGCAUGGAAGCUGGGGCUCAAGGAGACAGUAAGGAUCUGCACUUGAGUCAGUGUGAUGGUAAAAGCAGCCAGCUGUGGCAAUUCGACCAGGUCUACCCUGUGGAUGAACGAUGAGUAACAGUGACGGAGAGCAAAGCAAAUGAUCAGCUUCACAUUUCUGCUCCUGUGUGUUCUGAGCCGUCCAUUGUGCCCAGGCUGCCGGUAUAGGAGAGAAGAAAAUGACAUAUAUAUAUCCAUGUGCCUCGUGUCAUUGAUUGAUAGCUGUAUUUAUAGAAGAAAAGCAAUGGAGUCAUUGUAUUCAUCUUCAGAAAUGUUCAUCAUGAAAUACAGGAGAGUCCUUUCUUGAUCUACCAAGCAUUUAACAUUUGCUUUUAUCCCUGACUGUGAAAGAGGCAUAGACAUUGUCUGACAGAUCUUCCAGGAGCCAUCAAAUGCAGUGGAUAACUUUUUCUGACCCCAAGUAGCCUUUACUUGGAUGGUGUGGUAUAUGUGGUCAAGUGUGAAAGUUAGAGUGAAGGGUGUUUAAUGGUCUAUGCUCCAACCCAUUUAAUUAGGCUUACUAGCAUAUAUUUUCUCAUUUAUUGAGCUCUAGCUCAAGAGGAAGCAGAAGGGAAUGGAGAGGAAUGGGGUGGGGCUGGGAAGAAGGCUGGAAAGAGAUUUGUCCUGACUCUCCAGCUCAGGUUGGCCCAUGAAGAGUCAACAGAGCUAGGUAAGAGUUUUUCAUCUUCAGGACAGCCCCCUUGAAACUCUCUACCUCCAUUCACCUGCUCCAGCCUUCUCUAGCUCAGCCGUGCACAACCAGAUUUCCUCACAGUGUAGUCUUUCUGAGUCACCAGUGCUGGAAGGAUCAACACAUCUGAGCAUUCCCAUGAACAAAGGUAUCAUGGUAGAUAAACUCCCUUGAUGCCCUGGUAGGAGAGCUGUGCUGGCUCGAUGAGAAAUAGCAAGCUUGGAAAAAGGAAAACCCUCCCUUGAAUGGAAAUGCCACCACUCCAGCCAAAAUCUUUACAAGGCAAAAUGGAUGUGGCUAUUGAAUAUUCUUGAGGCUUGGCGGGGCCAUCUAUGAACCAACAAUGUAUGCCAAGGACCCCCUAAAUGUGGAUUCCUGUUGAAUGCUCAUGGUUGAGUGAUAUCCACCUCAGCCAGAGCAGAACCAAGGUGUAACCACAAGUGUUGCUGAGUGAGUUAGGAUGCUGUUGAGAAAAAAAUCAAAACAGAAAAACAUUCUUGCCCAUUUCUCUCUGGAUGUAAUUAGCUCUGUAUAUGGCAAACUUAAAAUUUCAUAUUAAAGAUGCCUUUGACCUUUUGACUGUCUUUGAACAGUUGUUUUAAAUAAGAAUUAGGAAAGAAGUUUGCAUUUCUAAAAUGCCCAACACAUAUGUAUUUCUUCCAAGUCAAUGCCCACUGUGUUUCUCCAACCUUAGAAUUAAUCUAUACUAACUAACACUAUCCAAUAUGAUGCCAUAAACCCACUGUGGCCAUUUUGAUGGAAAUUCUGUCAAUUCAGGAAAUUUUCCAACUGUUCCUUGAUUGUGCUGACUACAUUUCAAGAGUUCAGUAGCCAGCUGUGGCUAGUGGCUACUAAAAUGAGAACAGUUAUAAAAUAUCCCACCAUCACAGACUUUAUUACUGAAUAGCACUGGCUAGACCCAUUCCCGAGUAUGGAAGAAAUUUUACCACCAUCUUCUUACUUCAGACCUGUCUGUAUUUAAAAUGAAUUCUCCUGACAUGCUGAGGCAGGGAUGGAGCUUUCAGAUGAUAACUUUGUAAAGGGCAGUAACGGUUGAAGAGCAAACAUUUAAAAAAGAUCUCUGUUCUGAAAUGAAUUCUUUGAUUAGCAUUGUCAGUAGCUGAAGCUGUUGGGAUAAAUUAAUAUAAUUAAAUAAAAGGCUAAAUUCUGUUGU